AGCGCACGGCUUGCCGGGAGGGGGCAGGUAGCGGCCGGGCAGGGUCCAAUGGGUACCGGCUCCCGAGGAGAGGGCGGAGGAGAGGAGGAAGGAGGCGGAAUCUGGGCCCCGGCCCCAUUCAUUGCCGCGGCCCGCCGGGCGGGGGUCCCGUCUUCUCGGAGUCAUGGAGGCGCUAAUUCCUGUUAUCAACAAGCUCCAGGACGUCUUCAACACUGUGGGCGCCGACAUCAUCCAGUUGCCUCAGAUUGUCGUGGUGGGAACGCAGAGCAGUGGAAAGAGCUCAGUGCUAGAGAGCCUAGUGGGAAGGGACCUGCUUCCCAGAGGCACUGGUAUUGUCACCCGGAGACCUCUCAUACUGCAGCUAGUCCAUGUUUCACCUGAAGAUCAACGAAAAACAACAGGAGAAGAAAAUGACCCUGCUACAUGGAAAAACUCAAGACACCUUUCUAAAGGAGUUGAAGCAGAGGAAUGGGGUAAAUUUCUUCACACCAAAAAUAAGCUUUACACGGAUUUUGAUGAAAUUCGACAAGAAAUUGAGAAUGAAACAGAAAGAAUUUCAGGAAAUAAUAAGGGAGUAAGCCCUGAACCAAUUCAUCUUAAGAUUUUUUCACCCAACGUUGUCAAUCUGACACUUGUGGAUUUGCCAGGAAUGACCAAGGUGCCUGUAGGUGAUCAACCUAAAGAUAUUGAGCUUCAAAUCAGAGAGCUCAUUCUUCGGUUCAUCAGUAAUCCAAAUUCCAUUAUCCUCGCUGUCACUGCUGCUAAUACAGAUAUGGCUACAUCAGAGGCACUUAAAAUUUCAAGAGAGGUAGAUCCAGAUGGUCGCAGAACUCUAGCUGUAAUCACUAAACUUGAUCUCAUGGAUGCGGGUACCGAUGCCAUGGAUGUAUUAAUGGGAAGGGUAAUACCAGUCAAACUUGGAAUAAUUGGAGUAGUUAACAGGAGCCAGCUAGAUAUUAACAAUAAGAAGAGUGUGACUGAUUCAAUCCGUGAUGAAUAUGCUUUCCUUCAAAAGAAAUACCCAUCUCUGGCUAACAGAAAUGGAACAAAGUAUCUUGCUAGGACUCUAAACAGAUUACUGAUGCAUCACAUCAGAGAUUGCUUACCAGAGUUGAAGACAAGAAUAAAUGUUUUAGCUGCUCAGUAUCAGUCUCUUCUAAAUAGCUAUGGUGAACCUGUGGAUGACAAAAGUGCUACUUUACUCCAACUUAUUACCAAAUUUGCCACAGAAUAUUGUAACACUAUUGAAGGAACUGCAAAAUAUAUUGAAACUUCAGAGCUAUGCGGUGGUGCUAGAAUCUGUUACAUUUUCCAUGAGACUUUUGGGAGAACCUUAGAAUCUGUUGACCCACUAGGUGGCCUUAACACUAUUGACAUAUUGACUGCCAUUAGAAAUGCUACUGGUCCUCGUCCAGCUUUGUUUGUGCCUGAAGUUUCCUUUGAGUUACUGGUCAAGCGGCAGAUCAAACGUCUGGAAGAGCCCAGCCUCCGCUGUGUGGAACUGGUUCAUGAAGAAAUGCAAAGGAUCAUUCAGCACUGUAGCAACUACAGUACACAGGAGCUGUUGAGGUUUCCUAAACUUCAUGAUGCCAUAGUCGAAGUAGUGACUUGUCUUCUUCGUAAACGGUUGCCAGUUACAAAUGAAAUGGUCCAUAACUUAGUGGCAAUUGAAUUGGCUUAUAUCAACACAAAACAUCCCGACUUCGCUGAUGCUUGUGGGCUAAUGAACAAUAAUAUAGAGGAACAAAGGAGAAACAGGCUAGCAAGAGAAUUACCUUCAGCUGUAUCACGAGACAAGUCUUCUAAAGUUCCAAGUGCUUUGGCACCUGCCUCCCAGGAGCCCUCCCCUGCUGCUUCUGCUGAGGCUGAUGGCAAGCUUAUGUCUGGAGGUGGUGGGGUUGGAGAUGCUGUUCAAGAACCAACAACAGGCAACUGGAGAGGAAUGCUGAAAACAUCCAAAGCUGAAGAGCUGUUAGCUGAGGAAAAAUCAAAGCCAAUUCCAGUUAUGCCAGCCAGUCCACAGAAGGGCCAUGCUGUGAAUCUGCUGGACGUGCCAGUUCCUGUUGCACGCAAACUAUCUGCCCGUGAGCAGCGAGACUGUGAGGUUAUUGAACGACUCAUCAAAUCAUAUUUUCUUAUUGUCAGAAAGAAUAUUCAAGACAGCGUGCCAAAGGCAGUAAUGCAUUUUUUGGUUAAUCAUGUGAAAGAUACUCUUCAGAGUGAGUUAGUAGGACAGCUGUACAAGUCAUCCUUAUUGGAUGAUCUUCUGACUGAAUCUGAGGACAUGGCACAGCGUAGGAAAGAAGCAGCGGAUAUGCUAAAGGCAUUACAAGGAGCAGGUCAAAUUAUUGCUGAAAUCCGAGAGACUCAUCUUUGGUGAAGAGAACUACGUUAAUAGUGAGACUCUGUUGACUCGAAAAUUGCUAGUUACUGCCUACUUGAGUAGAUUUUUAUUUAUGAACUCCUGUGUAUUCAAUGGUAUGAAUUGCUCUGCUCAUAUGAAGACUGGCUAUACACUGAAAAUCGUACUCUGUGUUACAGAAUGGAAUCACACAUUUAAUCCAAAUAAUAAAUGGCUGUUUCUAAAGUUUCCCAGUAUAUAUAAAAUACAUCAAGUCUUUCUUGUGACAGUUUCCUUUGAACUUAAAAAUAUUAAUGUUCUUGUUGUACAAGCAGCUUGCCUGUGGAUAAGAUGACCUGUGUAAUCUGUUAGUAGUCUUAAAGCUGCCGCCAUAGUCCAAGAAGAGCGCACCAAGACAUUUCAUACGACUGUACUGCAUGACUAGAUAAACUGAGCUGGCUUUGAAAGAUGUGGGUUGGCAAGGUACUCACACAGUCACUGUAUUCCACCUGUCCUUUGAUUUAAUUUUAUCUCUGCAGUCUUUAAUGUGUUAGUAAGAAAGCUGGAUGCACAGAGGAUCUGUAACAAUGACAAUGGUGGGUGUGCAUAAUGUGUAGCUACACAGCCCUUCCACUUCUGUUGUCCAAUUGCCCUACUGCAUUAAAAUAUCUUUGAUUCUUACUUAAACCUAGAAGCAUGAAUUACAUUUUCCUGUAUUAAAAACAACCAUCUCGACUUGGUGAUGACCAGUUCCUUUUAGUUUUUAGAGGUUCUAAAAUUUCCCCUUGGCUUUCAAAUGAUAGUAGUAAUACAGAUACAUCUUUAAACUGGGGCACUUACACCAUGCUCCAAGAUUCACUUGGAGGUGGGACUUAAAACCAAAUACUGUGCUGAUCGAUAACUAUUAGUUAGCAAUAGUUAACUUUUGCUUGUUUGACCAAAGUUGGUAUAACAAUAUUUGCCUCUUUUACUUCUUCUUUAUACAUAAAACCCCCAGCAAAAUAUAUUAAAGAAAAACAUGCAGACACACAAACUCCUACUGGCUUAUAGACAGCUAAAUUGCACCCACGGGCUUGAGGGUGAGGUUUAAAACAUAUAUACAUUUUAUUAAAAUUCCUCAAAUUUUAAGAUAAUGGUCAAAUUCUUAAGGCUCCAUUGCUAACAUGUUAAGUAAAUUAUACACUGCAAAUAUUAAAUUUUCUUUUUAAGUUACAACAUUUACGAAGGACUGUUGGCAAUAUGAAUAUAUCUGUUAACUUGAGCUUAUGGUACCCAUUUACUAAGAAACAACAGGCUCACCAAGUUAUCUCAAGCAUAAAAAAACCAGAUGCAGUCUGACAUAUGGUACUGUGAAUUCACUAGUAGCACCAUCUUGAUAGAACACACAGUUCCACAAUGUUUGUUAGUGCACUUUAAUAUCACUCUGCCAUCGUUAAACAUCCACUUUGAAAUUACAGCCAUCCAUGAUUUUCAGACAGAUCAGACGACUACCAUCUUAGCCUUUUGACUUUGUAAGGGGAAAAAACCCUUCUAAUGUACUUUUCUCCAGCAUAUCAAACAUUUCCAAUUAAAAAUGUUCCCUUUAAGGACAUGCUAUGGUAAUGCACUUUCUAGUUCUGCACACCUUGUACAGAGGAAAACAAGAAAGAUAUGGAAAGAGAAAACCUUUGUUGGCCCUUAAACUGAGUGAAGUUCUGAAAUGUGGAGAUGAUCUAUGACCUUUAUAAUGGAUACUUGUACGUUCUUGCUGUGUAAAUAAAAUUGCUGGUAUGAAAUGA